AUAUUACAUCUUAUAUAUAUAUAUAUAUAUAUAUAUAUAUUUGAUAGAGGUGCAUAUAUUGGACAUCGGUUAGGUAUUGGUUAAGUUGUUUUUGGGUCCAAAUUUUUUCGGAUUUUUUAUGAGUUUAUACCCAUUCAUUUUUCAAAUUUUCUGAUAUGUUCGGAUUUUAUUGGGGUUUGGUUCAAAACCGGUUUAAUUUAAGAAAAUACUUAUUAAAAAAAGUAGUUUCAUUCCGUUCCUUUGGUUAUUUUUUUAAUAUAAGAUUAAUUUGGAUUUUAAAAAAAUAGUAACUAACAGAUUUUUAUGUCUAAAAUCAAUUCUAGUAAAGAUAAUCUGUUAUUCAUUCGGUCCUCCUAGGAAAGCAUACGAGGAUUGUGAUCAAAUGUCUGUCGGCGUAAAGUUCAUGAUUUAUUAAUAAGUUUUAGAUCAUAAACAUAGUUUGGAAUGGGAUUUUCAAGAAUAUAUACCAAAGUUUUUUCAUUUCAAAUUUCCAACCUUAUGAUAUAUUGGGCUGACCAUCUUCAUGCAUGUCUCUUUCACUCCAACUGGAUCUCUGCACUGCCAUGUCUUGUCUUCAAAUCUGAAGAUCCCAACGGGCCAAUGUAUUACAAAGGGAUGUACCAUUUGUUCUACCAACACAACCCGUCUAGUCCUUUGUUCGGAGACAUCAUGAUAUGGGCACACUCCGUUUCACGCGAUCUCGUCAACUGGGCCCAUCUCAAGCCCGCCCUUUGUCCCUCGGAUUCAUACGAUAUCAACAGCUGCUGGUCGGGAUCCGCGACGAUCCUUCCCAGUGGCAAACCUGUAAUUCUGUACACCGGGAUCGACUCCAAGAAACACCAAGUGACGAAUCUUGUCGAACCAAAAGAUGAUUCUGACCCUUUACUCCAAGAAUGGGUAAAAUCCGAGAAAAAUCCGGUGAUGGUUCCACCAUCUGACGUAGAGGUUGAUUGUUUUCGGGACCCUACGACCGCAUGGCAGGGGCUGGAUGGGAAAUGGAGAGUUCUGGUCGGAGCUAAGACAAGAGACAGUAGCAGAGGAGUUGCUCUGUUGUAUCACAGCGAUGAUUUUGUCAGGUGGACGAAGUUUCCGAACCCUCUUUUCGGAUCAGAAGUGACGGGGAUGUGGGAAUGUGUAGAUUUCUUCCCAGUUUCUAUCAAUGGCACAAUUGGCGUUGAGACUUCGGUGAACAGCGAAUGUGUUAGGCAUGUCCUGAAAGCAAGUUAUGGAGGACAUGACUGUUAUGUUGUCGGUUCAUAUGAUCCCGAGACGGAGAAAUUCUUGGCGGAUUCUGAUUUCUCGGGUUCAGUCUCUGAUCUAAGACUUGAUUAUGGAACGUACUAUGCAUCGAAAACGUUUUUCGAUAAUGCAAAAAACCGAAGGAUUUCGUGGGGUUGGGUAUACGAGUUGGAUAGCAAAGAAGAUGCCAUUGAGAAAGGAUGGUCCGGUCUUAUGUCUCUACCAAGGGAGAUUUGGCUAGAUGAAUCUGGAAAGAGGUUAGUACAAAGACCAGUUGAAGAACUCAAGAAUCUCCGAGCCAACCGAGUUUGCUUGCAUCGCAAGAAACUCGAAGGAGGAUCGGUUCUUGAAGUUUCGGGCAUCACUGCAUCACAGGCGGAUAUCGAAGUAGUUUUUGAACUACCUGAUCUAGAAGAUGAUGAAGAAGAAGUAGAGUUCUUGGAUUCAGACCAAUCUGAUCCUCAAGAACUAUGCAAGGCGUCGGUCCAAGGCGUCUAUGGCCCUUUUGGAUUGCUAACAUUGGCGAGUAAGGACAUGUCGGAGCAAACAGCGAUCUUCUUCCGAGUUUUUCGCUGUCAUGAGGGAUAUUCGAUCCUCAUGAGCAGCGAUCAUAGCAAAUCUUCAUUAACAACCAACGUCGACAAAUCCUCGCACGGGACAUUCCUAGACAUGGAUCCGAAACACGGGAAGAUCUCAUUAAGAUGCUUGAUCGAUCACUCGAUCAUAGAGAGCUAUGGAGGAGGAGGAAGAAGUGUGAUGACAAGUAGGGUUUAUCCGAAACUAGCGAUUGGUGAAGAAGUUUACCUUCAUGUCUUCAACAAUGGAACCAAGACUGUCACUCUCUCGUCUUUGGAAGCUUGGAGCAUGACAAAAGCCCACUUCAACUCCAACGACAUCCAAUGAGGGUUCUUCCUUUCCGGCUCAUCAAACCCUAAAUAACAUGAUCAUGAUUUAGCCCACGCAUCAAUUCCAAAUGAUGAUGAUGAUGAUGUCUGUCUAAGAUAUACAACUUUCAAAUUUCGAGGAUUUAAGGUCGUUGCCAGAAACUUUCUAAAUCUUGAAAUUGAAAUAUUAAUAUUUAAAUU